AUGUGUGGAACAUGGGUUUUUUGUUUCAUUUCCACAAGCAAUCAACAAAGUGAGGAACUCAUCAGAAAGACCCAAAAAAUGGCACUACAGUCAAGCAGUUUGGUUCCACUACAUACACAUUCAGAAGAAGAAAAAUCAGGCCUCAGUGGUAAUUCGACAUGCCGAAUGACAACACACAUUUUGAUGGAGCACUCCAAAAAAUUGCACGAGUCUAGCGAGGAGCACCAUCCUCUGCCUCCUGCGAUUUCCCCGGGCGGAAUCUCCUCAUCCACUUCCUCUGGUUGGCGGUGA